AUGGAGAACCAAAGUAUAAAGAUUUUACUUCCACCUUCAACAUUUUCAAGAGAGUACUUUGCAGCUUUCACUACCAUUGUCUUCCCUUGGCUGAUUGGCCGCUGCGAGGUCAGGAAAUCUGAAAUCAAGGGGAAAUCAGAGAAAAAUGUGGUUUACAUCCCCAAAUGCAGGUUUCUUGAGAGCACCAACUGUGUUGGGAUGUGCACAAACUUAUGCAAGAUUCCAAGUCAGAAGUUCAUCCAGGAUUCAUUUGGCAUGCCUGUCUAUAUGGUUCCAAAUUUUGAAGACAUGAGCUGUGAGAUGAUCUUUGGUCAGCAACCACCUCUUGAUGAUCCUGCACUAAAGCAACCAUGCUACCACAAAUCCUGUAUAGCAAAGCAGAGACAUAGUAUGAAGUGCUCCAGUUGAUGAAAAGGUAAAGAGAAUAAACCUGCAGAUGAAAGGAAGGUCAAAGCCUUGAGGGAACAGAUUGCAUUGCACCAAAUAUAAACUUAAUUUCAUGAAGUUUUCUUAAAAUGAAAAGAUUUAAACUGUACUACAUACAUUUUACUGUCAAUGUUAACCACAGUUACUAAAAAAAAUGUAGAACAGUGACAUAUUUCCUGG